AUGCUGGUUCUGAUUCUUUUUUCACUUGUUUCAUCAACUUCCCAUGCAUCAUUACUUAGUAAUGCAUGCCCAAAAUGUGGCAAUUUGGAUGUUCCCUAUCCCCUUAGCACCCAUGAAACCUGUGGACUCUCCAACUAUAAGGUCUACUGCAAGAAUGGCAGCCUAGAAUUCUUAUCAGCUGAAGGGUUCUACUACCAAAUCCUCAGUAUUAAUCAGCUUGAAAAUAGGCUAAUCAUCAGCCCUCCCCUAAUUCAAAAACGCACUUGCCAAUCUUCUGAUCUUUCUUUGGGUGGCCUAAGGAUAGAUGAUAACUCUCCUUUCAAUAUUUCUUCAAGAAACACCGUGAUGCUAUUUAACUGUUCUGAUAACAUUCUUCUGUCACCGCUAAAUUGUUCUUUAACAAGCCCUUGCAGGGUGUUUGAAGACAAGGUUAAGGAGGGAAAGGGAUGUCGAAACACGCUUUGCUGCUCUUACCUCAAAGAUUCAUCCAUGAAUUCACAUAGAAUAAGGAUCAGAGUUGGAGGAUGCAGUGCUUAUACCUCUGCAGUUGAUCUAAAAUCCUCCACUGUUGAUGAUUGGCAGUUUGGCAUUGAGUUGCAAUGGCUACCUCCAACCGAGACUCUCCGGUUGGGAGUGUAA